AUGGCUUUUAAAACAUUCCACAAGGAAAAAUAUUACAUUACUUUUAAAAGAGGUUUCGAAGACUGCAAGAAAGAUGUGACCGUAACAAUUGACAAACUAUUUGAAAGUGAUGCUCUGCGAAUAUCACUAUCUGAAGACGAGGAUCCUACAUUUUUGUGUGUGCUGACUAUAACACGUAUGGACUAUGAAGAUUUGAAGAAGCAGCAAGGUCUACUUGUGGAUUUUGAUAAUUUCCCGUCACAGCUUGUAAGACUGUUACAACAAUGUGCAUCAAAUAACAUGUUCUUGAUAAUGGAACAGAAGAAUCCUAUUCAAUAUUAUUUAGAAGUAGUAGAGCAUAAUGAAUUUAAGAGACUUGUACAUUUAUCUCUGAAGACUGGACCUGCAACCGAUAAUGAGAUCAAGCAGCAUAUGGCUAGUACUAUAAUACAAUUGAAGAAAAUGUUAUCAUCGUUCAAGAGCUCGGCAAUGAGUAAUGAAGCACAAUUAAAUGAGAAAUGUAUAAAUAUGGAGAGGAAGAUCCAUGACCUAACACAUACUGUGUCAAGAAUGGAAGAAGAGAAGUUGAAAUAUGAAGUAGAGUUUAAGGAAACUUUAAAAUUAGAAAAAGAGAAACUCUUACAGGAAAAAAUACUUUGGCAGCAGAAUGCAGAUUUGAAUCUAAAAACACAGCUGACUACAUAUCAGGAAAACUUAAACCAGAAAGACAAACAAACAGACGAAAUUAAUUCCCAUUGCAGGCAAUUAAAAGACAACAUUGGACACCUAGAAAAUCAACUAAGUGAAAAAACCCAAUGCUUGAAUAUGUUAGAAAAGGAAGUGCAAAAAUCUCACAUAGAAGUAGCAACAUUGAAAGCUAAAAAUGCGUCGUUAGAAAGGGAUAUCAUGGAAAAAGAGAAACAGUAUCACCAAUUGAAUUCUAAAUGUACUUAUUUAGAAAAGACUAUAAAAGAUAAUUCCGAUGUCAUAAAAGAAUUAAAUAGUUCUCUGCAAAUAGUUAAAAAGGAAAAGUUAAGUUUGGAGGAGCGAUUAGCUUUGAGUGAAUCUCUUGUGAACAGAAACAAUGAUGCUGUCCAAUCAACGUCGGAACAGCUCUUGAAGGCAAAUCAAAUUAUUUCUAAACAAAAUGCUGACUUGAUUGAGAUGAAAGAAAAGUUGCUAUGCAGAACAGCAAUAGCACUGGAACAAGAAAAAGUUAUAGAACGGAAUAAUAAUGAGAUCGAAGAUUUAAGUAGUAGAAUCAGCAGUACUACACAGUGUAUGGCGAGAUUACAAAAAGAGUUAGAUGAUUUGAAGGAAAAGUAUGAAGCAAAUGAGAAAGCUCUCAAAGACAGAGAUGAAACUAUCAAGAAUAAUAAUAUGGUAAUCCAAUGGCUUCACAAAAAAUUGGAUAACAUGGAACCAUCUGAUUCAGGGCCAACCAAAAGGCUGGGCAUACAAGCAGCCACUAGUUCCACUCCAUAUUUUUUGUCUAGGAACCAUAACCACACUGAUUCUUCACAAGGCUUGACUGAAGAAUCUAUUGACUUCUAUGCCACUUCCAAAUCAGCAUCAAAUUUGGAAGAGUCGCCUGGCCCUGCAGUACAAGAAAAGGUUUCAAAAGUAGGACUUGAUCCAAAAUAUCUGCAACCUUCUGAAAGUGAUAAUCAAAUGGGAAAAGGUGCAAAAACGAAGUCUUUCCCAAAUCAACCAGACAAAGAAAACAUGAAUAUAAAUUUACCUAAAGUGAACUACAGGGAAAAGAAAACUACGCGAGGAUCCACCUACCGAGCAACACCUGUUUCAGCCUAUUUUCCUUAA